AUGCAGAAUAUACAAUCACGGUUGCCUGUAAAAGCAGCAGCCAAGACAAGCGUGUUGUCCAAGUCAUGGCUACAUGCUUGGUCUACAAUCCCUACCCUCAUAUUUCAUGUUCCCAUCGGCAACAUACCGAUCGAGAGGUUUGACCUUAAAAAACAACAAAGAAAGCAGUUGAAGUUGGUCUACAUCGACAACACCCUAAUAAGAUAUCUCCGUGACAACAUACCGAUCGAAAGGUUUGACCUUAAACUCCCUGUUGAGAACAGGGAACAUUCUUCUCUUGCCCAAAAGUGGAUUCGUUCAUUGGCAACCAAAACUUGUCUUAAAGAGCUUUCUCUCAACUUCGUGGUAUACGGUGGCUUGAUGAAACUGCCAGAUGAGAUACUCUGUGGUGAAAACUUAACUUCGAUAAGAGUUUCAGGUUCACGGUGGUUGAGGACUAGUGAUUGUCCUCCAAUCAUCAACUGUGUGUCCCUACGAGAACUGUAUUUCUCGGGUGUGCGCAUAAGUCAACAAAUACUUGACCACAUAUUGACGUCUUGUAGGUUGCUUGCGAAGAUAGAGCUAAGAAAUUGUUCCAGUUUGGACCUCAAAACCAUCAAGGUUAAAAGCCUUCCUUGUCUUAACGAAUUAAAAAUUACAGAAGAAGGGCGAGUUCGUAGAGUGGAGAUCAAUAAUGUCCCAAAUCUUAGCUUCUUUAGCUGCAAUCUGCUUGACCAACGGACGCAUCAUGUUCCAUUCAACCCUCAUUCAAUAUCAUUAGGAAGCAGUGUGACAGAAUUAUCGUUAGGUGGUCAUGGCCUUGUGACAGACGAUGCAUCUCUGGACAUGAUCAAAUCAGGGUUACCUUUUCUCGAGAGUUUGACCCUUAAUAUGACAUUCUGGACGUUGGAAAGCUUCCACUUCACAUGCGCUUCCAUCAGGAGAUUUUCCUUGUUGGAUUGCAAAAACAGGCUUAUCGAUAUACAGGUCCAUGCUUUGAAAUUACUUUCUUUUCACCUCAGUGGCUACACAAUGCCUAGUCUCUCGUUUCCAAUCUCUACUACUCUCGAGGAAAUCACAUUUCUGCUAUAUCCUGAAACACGUUUUGGUGCUUCUUUUUUUCUUAAGAUGAGGGAAGCACUUGAGUUAUCCUUAUCAAGCAAGUACUACGUUCAUAUAAAAUUCCAUCGGCGGCAGUUUCCAUUAGAAAAGGACCUCCUCGAUGAUUUAAAAACAAGGCUCCAGUUUCCUCCUGCCACAAACGUGGAAACUCUGUCAUUUGCAACUUCUCCGGAUGAUUGCCUGGGGGAGGAGAACUCCUCAGUUUUUGAUGCUUUAUUUGAGAUUUGCCAUCCCGAGCUCGUAAAUGUAAAAUUGAUGCUGAGGGAGUUCUUGGAGAAGAAGAUGACUAGAACAAUGGCCAAUUGGCAUCGUUACCUGCAUAAUUUUCAAGUAAGAAAAAAAGUUCAAAAAAAAAGAGAAACCCUUUUAAAUCCCCGCUUUUUAGACUGGUCUGGUUCCUAUGCCGAGUUCAAACUUGAGUGGUCUUAA